AUGGACGAAAAUUGUGUUAUUGAGAGCUUACCUGUAAGCAACCUCAACAAUACAAAUAUUUUGAAGGGAGUUGCAGAUGAUGAUGAUCAAGAUAAUAAUGAAGCUCCGAACGGAGCUCAAGGGUGGUAG